AUGGAUGCGCGUAAAAAAGCGGGUGUCACCGGUGUAGGUGAGCGAAGGCCACGUGGCCGGCACGCGGGCCCGGCGCGGCGGGAUAUACUUGCGAAUCCGCGAGGGAGCACCCGCCGGAAACCGAGGUGUACCGGGGCUCCUCGAGUACAGAGAAGUGGCGGCCCGCGGCGCGCCUGCCCCGCGCCCGCGCGUCCCUCUUACCCCCGCCACACACCCGCACAUGCACUGACUCCGCAGCCUUCGUCUCCACACCACCACUCACCCCGCGCACUAUGUUUGCUUUAA